AUGUACGAGAUGAUCGCGAGCAGCGGAGGGACCGACGCCCGGCCGGAAGAGCUGGAGCGGCUGCUGGCGUGCUACCUCGCCCUCAACGCCGACGAACACCACGACUGCAUCGUCAAGGUCUUCCGCCAGGUCUGGUUCGACCAUGUCAACCUGCCGCCGCCUCGACGGGGCAGGGACCGGGAGGAACACCCCGGACGGCACGCGAGGCCGUAA